AUGCACGAAAUCGUGACGCUCCAAUUCGGGCAAGAGGCCAACUAUCUUGGGACGCAUUUCUGGAACGCACAGGAAUCGUACUUCACAUACCCGCCCGAGGAAGAAUCGCCAGUUAAUCAUGACAUCCACUUUCGACCCGGCAUCGCACCAGACGGGUCCGAGACGUUCACACCACGCGCCCUGGUGUAUGAUCUUAAGGGCUCGUUUGGUAGUCUAAAGAAGGUGAACGCGCUUUACGAGGUUGAAGAUGAGGGACCUGUGGGUGGGAGAGGUGUAUGGUCCUCUCCCCCGAUCAUCCGCCACGCACCACCCAUUCCGCCAUCUCCAUAUCAAGUCCAUCUUGACGCUGGUCUACCACCCCCUCCGCUCACGGCGGCUUCGGUGCGGUAUUGGUCGGAUUAUGCACGUGUUUACUAUCAUCCUAAGUCUCUAGUCCAACUAUCAGAGUUUGAUGUCGGAGAUGCAACGCACAGAGCCUGGGAGAAGUGGGAUGUGGGUGCGGAUCUAUUCGGGACUUUGGAUAGAGAGGAAGAUUUGCUUGAUCGCGACCUCCGUCCCUUCAUAGAAGAAUGCGACUCCCUCCAAGGCCUCCAAAUCCUCACCUCCGUCACCGACGCCUGGGGCGGCUGGACAGCCCGCUGGACAGAGCGCCUCCGCGACGAGUUCGGCAAAUUAGGCAUCUGGGUCUGGGGCCUCGAGCAAGGCGGCAACGAACCCAUCAACCGCGAGAAGCGAUUGACCCGUUUAGCAAACUCUGCUCGUUCGCUCUACGAGAUUUCAGAGCAGGCGUCUGUGUACGUUCCAGUCGCAAAUACGCCGCUGAAAGCACCGUCGUACUUGUCACUCAACGCGAACUCGAAGUGGCAGGCGUCUGCGGUUCAUGCUCUAGCGUUCGAGAGUAUGACUUUGCCCUCGAGGCUAAGGGCGGGAAAUGGGCAGAGAGGAUCGUUGAAUGAGCUCGAGGAGACGAUUAACAGCACUGGGAAGAGAAGGAUUGCGAAACUAGAGUUCAGUGUCGCGGACCCAGAUAUCUUGGAGGACAAGGUCGUGGCGGAGGCAGCGCAGGCUGAUAAAGUGGGCGCCGUGCUGACACGUCAGGAUGAGAGCAAUUCUAAGGACGACCGUCUCAAUGACUUUGACGCUGAUUUAUCGACGACGGAGUUACCUGGUGUCAGACAGCGGGGUGCACGCAGAAAGAAGGAGCAUAUUUUCGGGCGGGCGGAGUCAAGCAGAGGGGCCUGGAGCAUUGCUGAAGGAAGCGAAGGACGAGACAUGCAUGAUGGGUUUCACAAUGGUCCGAUUGUACAGAGAUACUCUUCCUCGCUACUGUUCCCGCUUCUCGAUAGCUUCCCAUCUAUCAUCAACGUGGGCGAUGGCCACGCCAACAAGGUAGCGGUGUACACGGGCUUGACAACUUGCGCUUCUAUUGCUGAGCAGGUGAGGGCUACGGAGCAGCUUGUGAGACGUUUGGUGAGUAUGGAGGAGAGGGAGGCGAUUUCGAACGGGUUGGCUAUGAUUGCGGAGGAGUAUGAAGAGGGGUGGGACAGUGGAACGGACAGUGAUGAUGAUUGAUGAAGCAUAACGAGCAGGUAUGCCCAGAACUCCCGGAGUCCGGCAGUUCCUGGUGCAGGUACCGCUGACACAGUUCGUGCGAUGCCUGUAGAUA